CUCCGGGAGAGGGAGAGGAAUCAACUGAAUCAAGGUUAAGUAGUUCCGAGGAGGAAAAGUCACAAGUCACAACUAUUAUACACUUUGGUGUUGGAAUCCAACACAGAGCGAUGAUGACGACGAAGAUGAAGAGGAUUCUUGUGGUUACUUUCACCGUUCUGCUAUGGAUCCAGUUUUGCAAAGGGGAGAAGUUCGCGGUGGACGGGACUGUGCUGGUUCUUGAUGAAUCCAACUUCGAUUCCGCCAUCUCUUCCUUCGAUCACAUCUUGGUUGAUUUCUACGCUCCCUGGUGCGGUCACUGCAAGCGCCUUUCACCUGAGUUAGAUGCUGCCGCACCUGUACUUGCAACCUUAAAGGAUCCCAUAGUCAUAGCGAAGGUAGAUGCGGACAAGCAUACUGGCCUUGCGAAAAAAUAUGAUGUUGAUGCAUAUCCAACCAUUAUGCUGUUUAAUCAUGGCGUCCCUGUAGAGUACCGUGGACCAAGGAAAGCCGAAUUACUUGUUCGUUAUCUGAAGAAAUUUGCUGCUUCUGAUGUUGCUGUUCUUGAUUCAGAUUCUGCUGUCAAAUCAUUUGUUGAAGAAGCUGGCGAAUUUUUCCCCAUAUUUAUAGGUUUUGGGUUGGACAGCUCAAUGAUGGAGAAGUUAGGCAUAAAGUAUAAGAAAAAUGCAUGGUUCUCUGUGGCAAAAGAUUUUUCAGAGGAUCUCAUGGUGUUGUAUGACUUUGAUAAGGUUCCUGCAUUGGUUUCCCUUAAUCUAAAAUACAAUGAGCGGAGCACAUUCUAUGGCCCCUUUGAAGAUGAAUUUUUGGAAGAUUUUGUAAAACAAAAUCUGAUUCCCUUGGCUGUGCCUGUAUCCCGUGACACACUUAAGUUGAUUCAAGCUGAUGGUAGGAAGACAGUUUUGGCAAUUGUUGACGAUGAAGAUGAAGAAAGAUCAAAGGAGCUGGUUAAGUUAUUGAAGGCUGCUGCAUCUGCAAAUCGUGACUUAAUAUUUGGUUAUGUUGGAGUUAGACAGAUGGAAGAAUUUGCUGAAAAAUUCGAUAUUGGCACUAAACUGCCAAAACUGGUCGUUUGGGAUAACAGCGAUGAGUACCUUUCAGUUGUUGGUUUUGAAAGCAUCGAAGAAGAGGAUCAAGCAACACAGAUCUCUAAAUUUGUAGAAGGAUAUCGAGAAGGAAAAACCAUAAAGAAAGAGAUGAGUGGCCCUUCAUUUAUGCGAUAUCUCCAUCGAUCUUUUGAUGUCAGAUUGGUGUACAUUCUUGUUGGUAUUGUUGCAGUAAUGAUGAUUCUUCAGACAUUUUUUGUUAAAGGAGGUGAUGAAUACCAGAGAGUUUCAAAUCAAGUACAGGCUGCUACUCAAGCAAGGAGCUCUGUUUCAGAAGUUGAAAACAAUGAGUAUAAAGCUGGAGACAAGGAGGAUUAAACCAACACAAACAAAUGAUAUAAUUAUCAAUGAAACUUGACCAAGGGAGAUUCUAGAAAAAUAGCUGGCUUUAGAAUUUAAUUUACAUUUCUAUUGGGAGGAUGUGUAAAUAUUUGAGAUUGUGUAGUUUGAUAAGUUGUAGUGUCCAAACUUUCACUCAGAUUCACACACAAGCUCUAUUUAUUUCUUAAGAUGACAAGGGUUAUUUUUUCCAUUUUAAAAAUUCCAAUGGUAUCAUUUCCAAAAAA